UCGCCGUCCGGCCGCCAGUCGUCAGUCUCGCGUGCGACACCCGGCCAACGUCAGUCCGAAACCCAUGUGCGUGGUCCCGCGCGCCCCUACAGUGUACUGCAUGUGGACGACUCAUGUACUUAAAGAUACUACUCCUCUGGGCACUGCCGCUGGAGCUCAACGGAUACGGUUAUGACGGUUACAACACGUGCACGAAACCGUACCGAAAUGCCAAAGCCAGGUUCCCGGACUUACCGUGCGACCUCAACUCCCAGUCGUGGUGUAUGGUGCCUGGAUCGACGUAUCCGUGGCAUGCCGUUAGGCGGUUCGUCUUCGAGAAUCACGGUCUGAUGAAGCGCAUGUACGGAGAACAGCGGCACAUCUCGGUAUUGCGUGCCGAAUUAGACACCAAUGAUGUGGAAGGUGGAGCCUGGAACAGGCGCAGGGAGGAAUCUUCGCUAAAUCGUUACGAAUCGCAACCGUCUCCUGUGCCGUCAAUUCCUUCGUUCUUCGGCGCCUCCGCGUCUUCUUCUCCUCUAUCGUCGCCGUCGUCGUCGACUUCUACCACUACCACGACAGCUGCCACCAGCACCACCACCACAACAACCAGUACCACAGUGGCUCCUACUGGCAUUGGCGCGGCUCAAUUUCCGAACGUCACCGCGACCGACCUGCCGGCCCUGCCGCCCACGACGUCCACAUAUGAAGGCGACGAAGACGUUACCGACACGACGGCGGAUUCAGACGGGUUUUAUGACGUCACCACGGCCGCACCAACUGCGUCGACCGAGCGCGGCGAACAGAUGGAACAGCCGAGUUUCUUCAAAGAACCCACGACCACCACGGAAAACCCUCAGAAAUCAAAAGGCGUGAACGCGUGUCCCGUAAAGGAGGAAGUGGUCGCGCCGUUCUGGGCGAACAAUACCCGAGGGGAAGUGCUAGCUCUGCUCAAUCUUUACCCAUUCGAACAGUACGUCCAUUGGGAACGAUGCACGUUUGAGAACAAACAAAUGUUUUGCCGUCAAGGGUGUCGGUGCGAACAACAAUACCGGCUGCACAGACUACUGGCGUACGACCCCUCCAACGACUGCCGAGGCAUAUUUUCCGAUUGGUUUAAGUUUCCAUCGUGCUGUGUCUGCCGGUGCUACGACUUACCCAAUGACCUCAGGAUCACGUCACGCAGUCCCCGUGCCGAAACCACUAACGAUCUGGACACUUGGUUCCAAAAUCCGUUGAACUCUUAAUCUCUUUUCUUUUUCUGUAUGACUUUUAUACGUUUUUGUUUUGUGUUAUUUGUUUUUUCGCUUUUAACAGCGUCGAAGACCAAUUAUUAUUAUUAUUAUUUUAGUGUUAAGUAGUUGUACGUUUAUUAGUACAACGCACAAAUACAUUGUCCAUUUUUACCAACAUUGUCGGCAAUUAUAAAUAAUUAUUGUACUUUGUAUAUAUAUAAGUUAUUCAUUCAGUGUACAUAACAAUAUAAGCUACUUUUUUUAACCGUUUUGUGAUAAUUCUGUUUUUUUUUAAAUUAAUUUAUGUUUUUUUAAUUAUAUUUAUUUUUAUUUAUUAGUGAAAUGAACUACAGACGAGUGAUUAUAAUGUUGAACCACGUGCAAUGUGUCAUUUAUUCUAGCUAUUAU